AUCUUUGCCACCUCUGAGUUAUCGCCGCAGCUGAACUCAGACUUUGGGGUUUUGCUACUGCCAGAGGGACGUACAGAAGUACUUUCUCCUCCAACUACUUGACAGAUCGCCUAUCAGCAGGAUCUGCGCAUCGCCGCCGGGAUGAAGCUGGUUUCCGUCGCCCUGAUGUACCUGGGCUCACUCGCCUUUCUAGGUGCAGACACCGCGCGGCUCGACGUGGCGUCGGAGUUCCGAAAAAAAUGGAGUAAGUGGGCUCUAAGUCGCGAGAAGAGGGAUCUUCUGGCGCCCACCAACUACCCCACCGGGCUCGCCGACGUGAAGGCUGGGCCGACCCAGACUCUCAUUCGGCCCCAAGACAUGGAGGGUGCCUCUCACAGCCCCGAGGCCAGCAGUCCGGACGCCGCCCGCAUCCGAGUCAAGCGCUACCGCCAGAGCAUGAACAACUUCCAGGGCCUGCGGAGCUUCGGUUGCCGCUUCGGGACUUGCACGGUGCAGAAGCUGGCGCACCAGAUCUAUCAGUUCACAGACAAGGACAAGGAUGGUGCCGCCCCCAGGAGCAAGAUCAGCCCCCAGGGCUACGGCCGCCGGCGCAGGCGCUCCCUGCCGGAGGCCGACCCAGGCCGGACUCUGGGGUCUCACGAGCCACAGGCACCCGAGGCUCCGUCCUCCCGUGUGCACAGAGUGCUCGCCACCCUUUUUAGGAUUUAGGCGCCAGUGGCAGCAGCGAACAGUCGCGCAAGCAUCCCGCUGGCGCCUCCCGGGGCGGAGGGCUUUUGGAGCCAUAUGGACACUGGGCUGUCACAGCCCUGCAGAGAACCCGAGGGCACGGUCCAGCGGCGAGCCCUGGUUUUGCAGGGGCCUCACCUCCUCCUCGGGGCAGCGCUUUCUUUGCUCUGAUCAGUCCCGGGUGCCCCAGGGGGAAUCCGAGGGAAUCUCUGCCAGGCAGAAAGGAAAGGUGAAACUGAGAAUUAAGUGUUGAGACCCCCGGGUCAGGAGUCUAAGCCACUGCCGUGCCCGCCCACGAACUGAUUUCUCACGGGUGUCACCCCACCAGGGCGCAAGCCUCACUAUUACUUGAACUUUCCAAAACCUAGAGAGGAGAAGUGCAAUGCGUGUUGUACAUACAGAGGUAACUAUCAAUAUUUAAGUUUGUUGCUGUCAAGAUUUUUUUUUGUAACUUCAAAUACAGAGAUAUUUUUGUACGUUAUAUAUUGUAUUAAGGGCAUUUUAAAGCAAUUGUAUUGUCCCCCUCCCCCUAUUUUAAGACGUGAAUGUCUCAGCGAGGUGUAACAUUGUGGUUUGCAGCGUGGAACGUGAGAGUGUGUGUGCCUGAACGAUAGAGAGAGACUGAUUACCUCCCGCGGAAGAAGGAAACACCAUGUCUCUGUAUAAUCUAUCUACAUAAAAUGAGUGAUAUACCAACAGCAAACCAAUAAACUCUCUCGAUGCUGAUUCA